AUGGAUAUUCCUACAGAUCUACCACCACCAGCAUACACAGAAAAAUUAUUUGAUAAAAGCAGUCCUAAAAUAAGGGCACUCAUUUCUCCAAGCCAAUAUGUUCAACCACAGUAUGUUGUUAGUCACGGAAUUCCAGGAUGGACAGUAGUUAUGAAAAAAAGAAGAGCACAUGAUGGUUUCCGUGUAUUUAUUUCUGAAGAUGCAUUUGAUAAAUUCAACAAGUUCAAAAGUAAUUCCAGUGAUGAAGUAACAUACAUUCAACAACAAGGUUUUGCUAUUCCUUUAUUUAAAGUUAUUGCUCCACUUGAUAAAGAUACAGAUCCCGUUUUAACUUUUAAGAAAUUUACUCCCACAGAUAACCAUCCUUUUGAUACAGAUAAAGACUUCUAUGAUUAUUGUACUGUUAGUCAAAUUAGAUAUUCUGCUUAUACUACUCAUAUUUUGAAGUUCAAACCUGAUCCAAAUGAUGCUCGUACCAAAUUUCGGGUUUAUGUAUUUUCUCAUACAAUUUUGCCCAUAAGUGAUUAUAUUUACAAAGGAGUGAAACAUAGAUGGGUUGAAGAAACAUUACUGGAAUCAUUUAACCAACAGCAGGGGUUAAGAUAUGGGUUUAGGCACACUGUAUUACAACCACACCAAGUUUCACUUACUGAUAAUUGGGAUGGUAAAAGUAAUAUUUUGGAUAGUGUAAAAAGAAACCCAUACAUACAAGGUCAUUUGAGUAGAAGAUUUUCACUAUCUAGUAGAUAUCCCAUAUCGGAAUACUAUGGAUGGACUACAUCAGAGGUAUUAUGUGGUACACUAGAAAGAUACUAUCCUAGUUUUUCUGGGGUCAGAAUUGUUGAUUCUCGAGGUUUAGAUAAAAGCAUUGAAUAUGAAAGUAUUUUGUCUUUACAAGAAGAUGAUUUGGUAAUAAUUUGUAUUGCAUCAGUAUUGAAAUGGGACAAAGAUUUUCGUGCAAUUAUUAAAAGUCUUAAGUAUGGUGAAAUAAAAAGAUAA